CAUAUGAGAUGCGUACUUCGAGCCCGAUUCGUCAGUGUACUUUCAUUUGUCUUCCAGAGUGGAUGUGGUCCACUCUCGCUCGUCAGACAUAACACGUUUUAAUAGAUAACUACGUGGUGGUUAUCAUUUAAGUGUUUAUAAUCACGUGGUGGUUAUUAUUUCUUUUUCAAUAUUUAAUACGUUACGAGGUAGCGUAGUAUUUUAUAGUUUUGGUUUGAGGCUAACGUGAGUUAGAAAAUGGCGGGUGUUGAACACCGUUCGGCCAGUUCGGAGAAGGAAAAAACGAAGGGUGAACCUUCCAAACGUGCCUCAAGAAAAACAGAAAAGAAAACUACUACCGUGGGUAGUGAAGAAGGCGGUAUAGCUAAUGCUGCCGUAAAUAAUGUUCAUAAUAGCGAGGACCGAGCAGUUACUGGUGAAAGUAACGUGGCAAGCACGAGUUCCUCGACUCCUGGAAUUGUGGAGGUAAUGACAUUAUUAAAGUCAAUAAAAGAAAACCAAGAUAGUCAAGACAGACAAAUUGAAAAGAUGAACAGUCGUGUGAAUGAACUGUAUUAUGGUGACAUGACUGAGUUAGAAGAAGAGGAGUUGUUACUGCCUCCUAUAUUAAACCAGUCUUCUGAUGUUGAAGUUGAGAGGGAUUCGUGUCAACCCCCGAGUAAAAAACGUAGAGAGGAUGGUGAAACCUCUAGAUUUAGACAACUCGGGGUUAAAUACAAAGUCACAGAAGAUUGUGAUGAAAAUGUUGAUGAGGAAUUGGCAGCUAUGAUAAAUGAACUCUUCAGGGAAGGAUUGAACGAUGAUUAUUUUAAUGAACUUUUGAAGAGUAUAAAAAGGCCUGAAAAUUGCAAAUCGUUGAUAAAAACUAGAGUUAACCAGGCUUUGUGGAGUAUUCUAAAUCCAGAUACACGUAAUUGUGAUGCAAAAUUUCAGGUUAUUCAAUCAGCUGUAAUUAAAGCAUCAGUGAACUUGACAAAGUUAGCAAGUAAACUCAAUGAAAUGGAUACUGACAUUGUUGAAGGUUUGCAAAGCCUGAUAACUUUAGCUACAGAUAGUUUAGCCUUAUUGGGGCAUACAAACAAAUUGAUAAAUGUUAAAAGAAAAGAACUUCGUAGACCAGAUUUAGGUAGAGAGUAUUACCAUUUAAGUUCACCUUCUUUGCCUUUCUCAGAAUUUUUACACGGUGAUGAUGUGGCAAAAUCAGUAAAAGAGAUUCAAGAUGUGAACAGAAUAAGUAAUAAAGUACAUGGAAAGUUUCACAGAGGAAAUUUCCGAGGGGCAUCAUCUUUCAGAGCUCGAGGACGUCCCUAUGGUAGAGGGGCAAUGAGAACAAGAACCCAAAGAACUAACAGCAGUUGGGGUCGUUGGUCAAACAACUCGAAUGCCAGAGACAGUACAAAAAACUCAAAGGGGGAGCGCGGCUCCAACAAAUAGAGGCUGAGUCUAAUAAGCAGAACAUUACAAAAGUUGAGGACGGACCAGGCAGAGUGUUUGAUGGUGGUUCCUCUGUGGCCAACUCAGUGCUGGUAUCCGGUGCUAAUGGACUUGUUG